GAUUGGCCGGGCUCAGCGGGGGCGGGAAUUCGGACGCCGGCGGGGCUAAGGCCUACGAGGAGCUGUGUUUAAGAACCUGGAGUUUCGGUUCGGUGUUCGCGGGCAGAAGCGCGGGUGGAGUGAGACCGUGGUGGGAGAGGGACAGACCAGAGUCAGAUCUGAGACCAGGUCCGAAGGUCAUCGACUGGGGCUGCGGGCGCAUAUUACAGCCGGGGAAACUGAAGCCCGGAGAGGGAGAAGGGCCUGACACCCAGCUGGUAUGGACUAGAAGUGGGAUUCGAACCCUGGCCGGGUGUCCCCGCUCCCAAGCCUUAGGCCCUGGGCUGUGUGAAGGACCUUCUUUGGAGGAGGCAGGCUGAGAGGCGGUUCAGAAGCACUGAUAAGGUGCCUACUGUGUGCCAGGCCCAGCUCUCCACCCCGGCGCUCCCCAGGCCGUCGGAUCCAUGGGGACCUGAGGGUCCGCCCCGCUUGGAGUCAGGAUGAGGAGGAGCCUGGCUCCAAGCCAGCUCGCCAAGAGGAAGUCGGAGGGCAGCGGCUCUGAUGAGGAAGACUGGCACCCGGAGACCGUGACUCCCAAGAGGCGGAAACCAAGCGGCGAGGCCGGCAGCCCAGAAUGCUUCUGGUCACCUUUUCGGAAGCCCCUGACUCAGCUGACCAAUCGGCCACACUGCCUGGACAGCAGCCAACAUGAGGCCUUUAUCCGGAGCAUCUUGUCGAAGCCUUUCAAAGUCCCCAUCCCCAACUACCAAGGUCCUCUGGGCCUCCGGGCCUUGGGCAUCAAGCGGGCAGGGCUCCGGCAGGCCCUCCACGACCCACUAGAGGAAGGAGCUCUGGUUCUGUACGAGCCGCCCCCUCUGAGCGCCCACGACCAGCUGAAGCUCGACAGGGAGAAACUCCCCGUCCACGUGGUGGUCGAUCCCAUUCUCGGCAAGGUCUUACGGCCCCACCAGAGAGAGGGCGUCAGGUUCCUGUGGGAGUGCGUGACCAGCCGGCGCAUCCCUGGCAGCCAUGGCUGCAUCAUGGCGGACGAGAUGGGGCUGGGCAAGACCCUGCAGUGCAUCACGCUGAUGUGGACGCUCUUGCGCCAGAGCCCCGAGGGCAAGCCUGAAAUUGACAAGGCUCUGGUGGUCUCCCCCUCCAGCCUGGUCAGGAACUGGGCCAAUGAAGUACACAAGUGGCUGGGGGGGCGGGUCCAGCCCCUCGCCAUCGACGGGGGAUCCAAGGAGCAGAUCGACCAGAAAUUGGCCGGCUUCAUGAACCAGCGAGGCUCCAGGGUCCCGUCUCCCAUCCUCAUCAUUUCCUAUGAGACAUUCCGCCUCCAUGCUGACGCCUUGCAGCGAGGAAGUGUGGGGCUGGUGAUCUGCGAUGAGGGCCACAGACUGAAGAACUCCGAGAACCAGACGUACCAGGCGCUGAACGGCCUCCACACCAGCCGGCGGGUGCUCAUCUCGGGGACGCCCAUCCAGAACGACCUGCUGGAGUACUUCAGCCUGGUGCACUUUGUGAACGCGGGCAUCCUGGGGACGGCUCAGGAGUUCAAGAAGCACUUCGAGCUGCCCAUCCUGAAGGGCCGAGACGCAGACGCGAGCGAAGCUGCCAGGCAGAAGGGCGAGGAGCGCCUCCAGGAGCUCGUCAACGUCGUCAACAGGUGUCUGAUCCGGAGGACCUCAGACAUCCUCUCCAAGUACCUACCUGUGAAGAUCGAGCAGGUGGUCUGCUGCAGGUUGACCCCGCUGCAGACUGAGCUGUAUAGACGGUUCCUCAGACAAGCCAAGCCUGCGGAGGAGCUGCGGGAGGGCAAGAUGAGUGUGUCGUCUCUGUCCUCCAUCACGUCCCUCAAGAAGCUGUGUAACCACCCAGGCCUCAUCUACGACAAGUGUGUGGAGGAGGAGGAAGGCUUCGCCGGAGCGCUGGCCUUGUUCCCGCCCGGCUACAGCGGCAAGUCGGUGGAGCCGCAGCUCUCAGGGAAGAUGCUGGUCCUGGACUACAUCCUGGCUGUGACGCGACAGACCAGCAGCGACAAGGUUGUCCUGGUGUCCAACUACACGCAGACCCUGGACCUGUUCGAGAAGCUCUGCCGCCUCCGGAGGUAUCUCUACGUCCGGCUGGAUGGCACCAUGUCUAUCAAGAAACGGGCCAAGGUGGUGGAGAGAUUCAACAGCCCCUCGAGCCCAGACUUCAUCUUCAUGCUGAGCAGCAAGGCAGGCGGCUGCGGCCUCAACCUCAUCGGGGCUAACCGGCUCGUCAUGUUCGACCCCGACUGGAACCCCGCCAACGACGAGCAGGCGAUGGCUCGCGUGUGGCGGGACGGCCAGAAGAAGACCUGCUACAUCUACCGCCUGCUCUCGGCCGGGACCAUCGAGGAGAAGAUCUUCCAGCGCCAGACCCACAAGAAGGCCCUGAGCAGCUGCGUGGUGGACGAGGAGCAGGACGUGGCUCGGCACUUCUCCCUGGGGGAGCUGCGGGAGCUGUUCACGCUCAAUGAGGCCACGGCCAGCGACACCCAUGACAAACUGCGCUGUCGCCGCUGCGUGAACGGGCACCAGGUCCGGCCGCCUGCCGAGGGCUCUGACUGCACCUCCGACUUGGCCCAGUGGCACCACAGCGCGGACAAGAGGGGGAUCCCAGAUGCCGUGUUGUUGGCAGCCUGGGACGCCGCGGUUACCUUUGCCUUCCAUCAGCGCUCACACGAGGAGCAGCGGGGGGUUCCUUGAGCCCUGAGGCUGGACCUGGGUGGGUCCAGCCCAUCGAGUGGCCGCAGCCACCGAGGCGGGUCUGGCUAGGAAGCCCGAGCUUGCUGCAUUGAGAGCCGGAGUUGUCCGGCCCAGACUGCUCCUGUCAACACUGCCCAGAGCCGUGGGAGAGUCAGUCGGCCACGUCACCAGGAGCCAGAGAUCUGCAGAACACUUUUAUUUUUAAAAACGUAAAAAAGGCACAAAGGAAUAAAGGCAUUAAAAACUGA